UUUUGGAUUGAGGCCGCAAACGAAAAUGAUUAUAACCGCUAAAUUGAUUAGUAUUUUUCUGGGCGUCGCGCUGACGGCGUUUACCGUGUCCACAAUUGUGCUGGCCGUGCAGAAGGCGAACUUGAUAGCCGAUUUGCGCGACGCACAGGAUAAGCUCGAUCUGCUCGAGGCGGGCCUGGCGUCCAGCACGGCGGCGCCGUCGAGCACCAGUGCGGGCCCAACUCCGGAGCCGGGCACAACUGCGGCGCCGGAACAGAUUGACUAUCGCCUGCCAAGCGCCUUGGUACCCAACAAUUAUGAUCUCUAUUUGUAUCCAAACAUUGAUACGGGCACUUUUACUGGCGAGGAGACAAUCAACAUAACCGUCAACGAGGCCACGGACCAGAUAAUACUGCAUUCACUUUAUCUGGAGAUCAAUGGAGUGCAUGUCUUCCAAUCGGAUGAGGCCACCAUUUUGGUCACAGAUCACACAUUUGAUACCGUUCGGGAAUUCCUCAUUAUCAAUUUGAAUACGAAACUGACCGCGGGCGCCUUCGUGCUGCUCAAUAUCGAAUUCUCCGGUAAUAUGGCCAGCAAAAUUGUGGGUCUGUACAGCUCCUCGUAUGUGAAGGCCGAUGAGAGCCGCAAAUGGAUAGCCACCUCCAAGUUUGAGCCAACCUACGCUCGUCAGGCGUUCCCCUGUUUCGAUGAGCCCGCUCUGAAGGCCACCUUUGAGAUCACUUUGGUGCAUCCGACGGGCGACAAUUAUCAUGCGCUCUCCAACAUGAACCAGGAAUCGGAACUGGACAAGGGCACCUACACGGAGGUCAGGUUCGCCAAGAGCGUGCCCAUGAGCACAUAUCUGGCGUGCUUCAUUGUCUCCGACUUUGACGCCAAAACGGUGCAGAUUGAUACCAAGGGCAUUGGCGAGGCCUUCGACAUGGGGGUCUAUGCCACGCCCGAGCAGAUCGACAAGGUUGACUUUGCACUAACAGUGGGCAAGGGCGUCAUCGAGUACUAUAUUGAUUACUUCCAAAUUGAGUAUCCGCUGCCCAAGCUAGAUAUGGCGGCCAUACCCGAUUUCGUGUCCGGUGCCAUGGAGCACUGGGGUCUGGUCACAUAUCGGGAGACAUCGCUCCUCUACGAGGAGGCCACCAGCUCCACUGUGAAUAAGCAGCGCAUCGCCAGCGUGAUAGCGCACGAGUUUGCGCACAUGUGGUUCGGAAACUUAGUUACUAUGCAUUGGUGGAAUGAUUUAUGGCUAAACGAGGGCUUUGCUAGCUUCAUUGAGUAUCUCGGCGUGGAUGCCGUCUUUCCCGAAUGGCACAUGCGAGAUCAGUUUAUCGUCAGCACUUUGCAUUCAGUGCUUACUCUGGAUGGUACUCUGGGCUCGCAUCCCAUCAUUCAGAAGGUUGAGAAUCCCGAUCAGAUAACGGAAAUCUUUGACACCAUUACGUAUUCCAAAGGCUCCUCUCUGGUGCGCAUGUUGGAAGAUUUUCUGGGCGAGACAAUCUUUCGCACAGCGGUUACCAAUUAUCUAAAUGAAUACAAAUACGAGAACGCCGUUACAGACAACUUCUUUGCGGAGAUUGAUAAAUUGGGUCUGGAGUACAAUGUGUCUGAUAUAAUGCUCACUUGGACAGUGCAGAUGGGUCUGCCGGCGGUCACGAUCACCAAGGUCUCGGACACGGAAUACAAAUUAACGCAGAAGCGUUUCUUGGCCAAUCCGAAUGACUAUGAUGCAGUGCACGAGUACUCGGAAUUCGACUAUCGCUGGUCCAUACCCAUCACAUAUACCACCAGCGCAGAUGCCACGGUGCAGCGCGCCUGGUUUUAUCACGAUCAGAGCGAAAUCACCAUUACUCUGCCCAGCGCUGUGGAUUGGAUCAAGUUUAAUCACGAUCAGGUUGGCUAUUAUCGCGUCAACUACGAUCAGUCCCUGUGGCAGGCGCUGGCCAAUCAGAUGGUCGCCAAGCCGGACGCAUUCAGCGCUGGUGACCGUGCCUCCCUGCUCAACGAUGCCUUUGCCCUGGCCGAUGCCACGCAGCUGCCCUAUGAGAUUGCCUUCGACAUGACCAAGUAUUUGGCUAAGGAGCUUGAUUAUGUGCCAUGGAGCGUGGCUGCCUCCAAGCUGACAUCCCUGAAGCGGACCCUGUUCUACACCAGCAGCUAUGUCAAGUACAAGAAAUAUGCCACAGCUCUGAUUGAGCCCAUUUACACGUCCCUCACCUGGACUGUGGGCGAGGAUCAUUUGGAUAACCGUCUGCGAGUGACCGCCUUGAGCGCCGCCUGCUCCUUGGGUCUCGAGUCCUGCCUGACUGAAGGCGGUCAGCAGUUCAAGAACUGGCUGGCCACGCCCGAUGAGCGUCCCAGUCCCGAUGUGCGCGAGACGGUCUACUACUAUGGCAUGCAGUCGGCGGGCAAUCAGGAGAUUUGGGAAACCGUUUGGCAGCUCUUCAUCAACGAGGCCGACGCCAGCGAGAAAUCGAAGCUUAUGUAUGGCCUGGCCGCCAUACAGGAGCCUUGGCUGCUGCAGCGUUACAUUGAUCUGGCCUGGAACGAAGAGUAUGUGCGUGGUCAGGACUACUUCACCUGCCUAACCUAUAUCUCGGCCAAUCCCAUGGGUGAGCCGCUCGUGUGGGACUAUGUGCGCGAGAACUGGCUGCAGCUGGUGGAACGCUUCGGUCUGAACGAACGAUAUCUGGGCAAUCUGAUACCUUCGAUAACGGCUCGUUUCCACACCCAAACGAAACUCGAGGAGAUGGAGCAGUUCUUUGCCAAGUAUCCAGAAGCUGGCGCGGGCACAGCAGCACGCGUCCGUGCACUGGAGACGGUCAAAAAUAAUAUUGUCUGGCUGGCCGAAAAUCUCGAAAGUGUCGACGCCUGGCUGGACACGCAGGAGCAGCGACUGCACUUAGCUGCCGUCGUCCGAGCCGCUAAGAUGUUUCUGCACGGCAAUUGUUUACGGGUGGCUCUGUUUUGGGCCGUUGCGGCCUUUGCGGCGGCCACAAUUGUGGUCGCUGUGCAGCGCAACCAGCUGGAGGCGGAUUUGCGGGAUAUGCGCGAAAAGAUUGACAUGUACGAGGCGCUUAAUGGAUCGCAGCUUGCAGUGGACAGUAACCGUCAGAAGCGUCAGACUCUAGAGGAGAUUGAUUAUCGCUUGCCAACGGCACUCGAGCCCCAGCAUUAUGAUCUGUAUCUGCAUCCCGAUUUGGAAGCGGGCACCUUUACGGGCCAAGAGAAAAUCAAAAUAAAAGUGCUAGAGGCGACCAACCAAAUCGUUUUGCAUUCCCACAAAUUAAACAUAACCAGCGUUUAUGUGGAGAAUCGGGAGCUGGAGAGCCAUGAGCUGGACGAGGUGCGCGAGUUUCUCAUCAUCAAUAUGCAAGAGCAGCUGCCCGUGGAUGCGGUCAUCACGCUGGGCAUCGUGUUCGAGGGUCAGUCGAUCAACAAGCUGGUUGGGCUCUACAGCAGCAGCUAUACAACGCCAGCCGGUCAGCUUCGCGAAAUUGCAACCACCAAAUUUGAGCCCACCUAUGCGAGACAGGCUUUUCCCUGCUUCGAUGAGCCCGCCCUAAAGGCCACGUAUGCCAUCAGCGUGGUGCAUCCCAGUUCCGGUUCCUACCACGCUCUCUCCAACAUGGAUCAAACGGAGACGACAAAUCUGGGCGAGAACACGAUGGCCACCUUUCAGACCAGUGUGGCCAUGAGCACCUAUUUGGCCUGCAUCAUUGUCUCCGAUUUUGACUCGGAGUCGAGCACGGUGAAUGCGAAUGGCAUUGGCAAUGAUUUCUCGAUGCGCGCCUUUGCCACGCCCCAUCAGCUGAAUAAAGUGAAAUACGCGUUGGAAUUUGGCACAGCCGUCACCGAAUAUUACAUACAGUACUUUAAUGUCGAAUAUCCACUACCCAAGCUGGACAUGGCUGCCAUACCGGACUUUGCCUCCAAUGCCAUGGAGCACUGGGGCCUGGUCACCUACAGGGAGACUGCGCUGCUCUACGAUGAGGACUACAGCUCCACGCUUAAUAAACAGUCCAUAGCCGGUGUGUUGGCUCAUGAGAUUACCCAUCAAUGGUUUGGCAAUCUGGUCACCAUGAAGUGGUGGAAUGAUUUGUGGCUAAACGAGGGUUUCGCACGCUUUAUGCAGUACAAGGGCGUGCAUGCAGUGCAUCCAGAUUGGGGCAUGCUGGAACAAUUUCAAAUAAUGGCACUGCAUCCGGUGCUCUUGUUCGAUGCCAAGCUCUCCUCGCAUCCCAUUGUACAGAAAGUCGAAUCUCCGGAUGAAAUCACGGCCAUAUUCGAUACCAUCAGCUACGAGAAGGCGGGCUCUGUGCUGCGCAUGCUGGAGUCCGUUGUCGGCGCCGACAAGUUCGAGCUGGCGGUCACCAGCUAUUUAACCAAAUUUCAGUACGCCAACACUGUCACCGAUGACUUCCUUACGGAGGUGGCCGCUCAGGUCAGCGCCUUCAAUGUGAAGCAAUUUAUGCGCACCUGGACGGAGCAGAUGGGCUAUCCGGUGCUCAACGUGCGGCGCGCAAGCGAAACCAGCUUCAUCAUUAGCCAACAGCGUUUCCUCUCGAACAAGGCCAGCUAUGAGGAGGCGGUAGAGUCCACUGAAUUUGGCUAUAGGUGGAGUGUGGCCAUAACCUAUUUCCUGGACACGUCGGAGAGCAACGAGGUGCACAGCUCAUUAUUCGAAUAUGAUCAGGAUGAGGCGGACGUGCCUGUCACCACGGAUGUUAAAUGGCUCAAACUGAAUUCCCAUCAGCUUGGCUACUAUCGCGUCAACUAUGAGUCCAGCAUUUGGCAGCAGCUCAUCCAGGAGCUGGUGGAGCAACCAACGCGUUUCGAUAUUGCGGAUCGUGCACAUCUGCUAGACGAUGCUUUCGCCCUGGCCGAUGCCAGCCAGUUGUCGUACAGCGUGCCGCUGGAGAUGACCGCCUACCUGGCGCAGGAGACGGACUUUGUGCCCUGGUAUGUGGCCACCUCCAAGCUGCUGACGCUCAGAAGGAACCUCAUGUUCACCGAGAGCUAUGUCUCCUAUUUGAGCUAUGCGCGCACGCUGCUGACCAAUGUCUACAAGGAGGUCGGCUGGACAGUCGACAAGGACAACCAUUUGGGCAACCGCCUCCGUGUUUCUGUGCUGGGUGCAGCCUGUGCCUUGGGCGUGGAAGAUUGCCUGCAGCAAGCCGAGGAGCUUUUCACCAAGUGGCUAAACGAGCCAACCGCCGCCAAUCGCCCAGCGCCCGAUCUGCGCGAGCUGGUCUACUACUAUGGCAUGCAGCAGACGAGCAGCGAGGCCAGCUGGGAGCAGCUGCUGGAGCUGUUCAAGGCCGAGUCCGAUGCCAGCGAGAAAUCGAAGCUAAUGUACGGCCUGUCGGCUGUGCAGGAUAGUCAGCUGCUCUACCGCUUCCUCGAGCUGGCCACAGAUGAGAGCAUUGUGCGCUCCCAGGACUAUUUCACCUGUGUGCAGAACAUCGCCGCCAAUCCGGUGGGUCAGCCCAUUGUCUGGGACUACUAUCGCGAGCAGUGGCCACAGCUCAUCAAUCGAUUUGGCCUUAAUGAUCGCAAUCUGGGCAAGCUGAUAACCAGCAUAACGAGCCGAUUUGCCAGCGAGAUAAAGCUGGAUGAGGUGCAGGAGUUCUACACCAAGUAUCCAGACUCCGGAGCGGGUGCCAGUUCCAGGCAGCAGGCUGUGGAGACAAUCAAAUACAAUAUUAAUUGGCUUAAGGAGAACUCCGACGACAUUGCCAGCUGGCUGAGCGAUGCGACUUUUCCAAGCAAGGACUUUAUAUUACAUAAAAAAAUGGUUGCCUGGCUAACGGUCAAGGCGGUGGCCAUUUGCUUGGGCCUGACCACAACAGCCUUUUGUGUGGCCACAAUUGUGUUGGCCGUGGAGAACGCUAAUCUGGAGAAUGAUCUACAAGAUGCCAUGGAUAAGCUGGAGGUGCUCAUUUCUAGUACAACCACAGCCAGUCCCACCGUGGGCACCACGUCGGGAGUUACAACACCCAGCGGUGGCACCUCCCCAGGUACAUCUCCGGGCGACUCAACACCAGGUGCCGGCACCACUCCAGGUGGCGUAACCACGCCCAGUGGCGGUACCACGCCCAGUGGCGGCACCACGCCCAGUGGCGGCACCACCCAAGGCAACACUACGCCCAGCUCGACGUCUGCCAAUCCGAAUCCCAUCUACCCCACUCUGCCCACCGGACUGCCCAAUCCCGAAGAGAUUGUAUAUCGGCUGCCGACUGAGCUGAGGCCCAUACGCUAUCGACUCUAUAUGCAUCCCGAUCUGGAGACUGGAACCUGUGAGGGCACCGUCUCCAUACAGUUCCAGCUGGACGCAGUGACAAACUUGAUAGUGCUGCACGCCAAGGAUCUGAAUGUGCAUGGCAUUAGUAUUUUGAAUAUGAUGGCGCGCAUGCGCAUCGCCAUCGACAAAUAUUAUUUGGAUGAUACGCGAGAGCUUCUGAUCAUCGAGCUGAAGGAGGUGCUGAGCAUGAACAAGGCCUAUACGCUGUCCGCUAGCUUUGACUGCAAUUUGGACAAUCUAUAUGGUGCCUACAGGAGCAGCUAUACGGAUGCGGAUGGCAAUAAGAGAUGGAUUGCCAGCACGAAACUCGAGCCCACCUACGCACGCCAGGCGUUCCCCUGCUUCGAUGAGCCGCAUCUGAAGGCGCAGUUUGCCAUAACAAUUGCCCGGCCCAGCGGCGAUGAUUACCAUGUGCUAUCCAAUAUGCCAGUUGCCAGCGAGUAUAUUGACGGCGAUUUGACGGAGGUUACUUUUGAGGAGACGUUGCCCAUGAGCACCUACCUGGCCGCCUUUGUCAUCUCGGACUUUGCGCACACCACAACCACCGUGGGUGACACCAAUAUCGAGCUGCGUGUGUUUGCGCCACCCGCCCAAGUUAGCAAGACAGAGUACGCGCUGGAGAUCGGUGCCGGCAUUACUGCGCAUUAUAUAGAUUACUUUAACAUCUCGUAUCCGCUGCCCAAACUGGAUAUGGUUGCCAUACCCGACUUUGUAUCCGGUGCCAUGGAGAACUGGGGUCUUGUGACCUUCCGUGAAACGGCACUGCUCUAUGAUGCGAGCACCAGUUCCAGCGUGAAUAAGCAACGCGUCGCUGUUGUGAUCGCCCAUGAGCUGGCGCAUCAAUGGUUUGGCAAUUUGGUUACCAUGAACUGGUGGAAUGAUCUGUGGCUAAACGAAGGCUUCGCCACAUUCAUUGAGUAUAAGGGAGUGCACCAUAUGCAUCCCGAUUGGGAUAUGGUGAAUCAAUUUGUGACUGAGGAGCUGCAUCCUGUACUGAAGAUUGAUGCCACACUCGCUUCGCAUCCCAUUGUCAAGUCGAUUGAGAGUCCUGCUGAAAUUACCGAGUACUUUGAUACCAUUACCUACUCCAAGGGCGCCGCUUUGGUGCGCAUGCUUGAGAAUCUUGUUGGCGAGGCAAGACUGCAGAAUGCCACUGCGCGCUAUUUGCGUCGUCACACUUACAGCACGGCCACCACCGAUGAUUAUUUGACGGCCAUUGAGGAGGAGGAGGGUCUCGACUAUGAAGUCAAGCAAAUCAUGCAAACCUGGACGGAACAGAUGGGUCUGCCCGUGGUUGAAGUUGUGAAGAAUGGCAAUGUUUGCAAGCUAACCCAAAAGCGUUUCCUAGCCAAUCAGGAUGACUAUAGUGCUGAAGUCGAGGCAUCUUCCUUCAAUUAUCGCUGGUCCAUACCCAUCACCUACAUAACCAGCGAAGACAGCACGCCAAAGACCACAAUCUUUAACUAUAACGACAAUGAGCUUAGCAUCACACUGCCUAGCACUGUCAGUUGGGUAAAGUUGAACAAGGAUCAGGUGGGCUACUAUCGUGUCAACUAUGCCGAGGAGCAGUGGACGGAAUUGGUGUCAGCUCUGAAGGCAUCACGUGAAACCUUUAGCACGGCGGAUCGUGCACAUUUGUUAAACGAUGCCAAUGCUUUGGCAGACGCGGCUCAGCUGAAUUAUACCAUUGCGCUGGAGCUGAGCACAUAUUUGGAAAACGAACAGGACUACGUGCCCUGGAGCGUGGGCACCGCAUCGCUGACAGCGCUCAAGAAUCGUGUGUACUAUACAAAUGCCUAUAAGGACUUUACGAAAUAUGCGCGCAAGCUGUUGUCUCCCAUUGUAGAGAAGCUUACCUUUACCGUGGGCACGGAUCAUCUGGAAAAUAAACUGCGCAUCAAGGUGCUGAGCGCUGCCUGCGGUGUUGGAUACGAGAGUGCACUAGAGCAGGCUGCCACCUUGUUUAACCAGUGGUUGGCCAGCCCGGACACACGCCCCAAUCCCGAUUUUCGCGACGUUGUCUACUACUUCGGUCUGCAACAGGUUAACACUGAGUCCGCCUGGGAUCAGGUCUGGCAGCUGUAUCUGACUGAGCCCGAUGCGCAGGAGAAGCUCAAGCUGAUGAACGCGCUAGCAGCUAUUAAGGUGCCCUGGCUGUUGCAGCGCUAUAUCAAUUUGGCUUGGGACGAGAACAAUGUGCGCCGGCAGGACUACUUCACGCUGCUGGGCUACAUUUCCGCCAAUCCAGUGGGUCAGAGCCUCGUCUGGGACUAUGUGCGUGAAAACUGGGACAAGCUAGUGGAACGCUAUGGUAUCAAUGAGCGUACCUUAGGUCGCCUUAUUCCCACCAUUACCGCUCGCUUUGCCACGCAAACCAAGUUGGAGGAGAUGCAACAGUUCUUCGCUAAAAAUCCAGAGGCCGGCGCUGGCACUGCAGCGCGUCAACAGGCACUGGAAACGGUCAAGGCCAACAUCAAAUGGCUGGAGCUUAACCAGGAGCAAGUGAGCAAAUGGUUGGCCAACUUUGCGGAGCAGUCGGCUGUGACAAAUCGCAUCAUCUAAACUGUUGCUCAACGGCAACCUGUAAAGUAUCCUUAAUGUAAAAAUUACCAACUGAUUUUUGAAUAGUCUUAGCCUGCAAUUUGAGUGCAUUGCGUAUGUGAAUGAAGGAAUUGUGAAUACUAUUUUGGAAUAAAAUACAAAUUGAAACAAAAA